GGGUACCACAACCCCGGCAGGAACCCAGCAUCAGGAAGGGGUUUUGUUCGGCGGCGAGUCGCUUGCAGUCUCUGUCUCCGUGUGUGUGUGUGUGUGUGUGUGUGUGUGAUGUCCCGGUGCGUUCGCUGUCUCCGAUACAGCGGAGACACGCCGAGGGGAAGUCAGAGACAGAAAGUCCAGCUCGGCGAGCAGUCUUCGAGAGACAGAGACUGACAGAAGCAGGAGAAGAGCUUUUCCUGAGCCACAUAUCUCUGCAGGUCAAUGGAGCUGGAGAAUAUAGUCGCCAACACGGUCCUGUUAAAAGCCAGAGAAGGAGGUGGAGGAAAACGCAAGGGUAAAAGUAAAAAGUGGAAAGAAAUAUUGAGGUUUCCUCACAUCACUCAGUGUGAAGAGCAAAGAAAAUGUUUAGAGAGAAACUAUUCCAGCCUGUGUGAGAAGCAGCCAAUUGGAAGGCUACUUUUUCGACAAUUCUGUGAAGCCCGACCCGACCUUCAGCACUACAUAAAUUUUCUUGACUUGGUGGCAGAGUAUGAAGUUAUGCCAGAUGAAAAACGUGAAGAGAAAGGACAAGAAAUGAUUAGUAAAUACCUCACCCCAGAGACCCCAGAAUAUAUAGAAGAAGUCAGCGAAGAUAUUGUCCAACAAUGUAAAGAAAAACUUGAAAUGAAUGCAUGCAAAGAACUCUUCUGUAACUGUGUAAAAUCGGUGCAUGAUUAUCUCAGCGGACAACCGUUUAAUGAAUAUCAGGAAAGUAUGUACUUUGAUCGUUUUCUCCAGUGGAAGUGGCUGGAAAGACAAGCUGUAACAAAAAACACCUUUAGGCAAUAUAGAGUACUAGGUAAAGGCGGCUUUGGUGAGGUGUGUGCCUGUCAAGUCCGAGCCACAGGAAAAAUGUAUGCUUGUAAGAAGUUAGAGAAAAAGCGAAUAAAAAAGAGAAAAGGAGAAGCUAUGGCUUUAAAUGAAAAGCAGAUUUUAGAAAAAGUUAACAGUAGAUUUGUAGUUAAUUUAGCCUAUGCUUAUGAAACAAAGGAUGCACUCUGCUUAGUUCUGACCUUAAUGAAUGGAGGUGACUUGAAGUUCCAUAUCUACAACAUGGGAAAUCCAGGGUUUGAAGAAGAUCGGGCAGUAUUUUACGCAGCUGAAAUCUGUUGUGGCCUGGGAGAUCUUCACAAGGAAAAUAUAGUUUACAGAGAUCUGAAGCCUGAAAACAUAUUGUUAGAUGAUUAUGGUCACAUUAGGAUAUCUGAUCUGGGUUUAGCUGUGAAAAUUCCUGAAGGGGAUACGAUCCGUGGCAGGGUAGGAACAGUAGGAUACAUGGCACCAGAGGUACUAAAUAAUCGUCGAUACACAUUAAGCCCUGACCUCUGGGGUCUGGGGUGCUUAAUCUUUGAAAUGAUUGCUGGGCAGUCUCCAUUUAGAGGUCGGAAAGAGAAAGUCAAAAGGGAGGAGGUAGACCGACGAGUGUUGGAAACAGAAGAAGCUUACACAGACAAGUUCUCUGAAGAGGCAAAGUCUAUUUGCAAGAUGUUGCUAACCAAAGACCCCAAGCAAAGGUUGGGCUGUACAGGAGGUGGUGCUUCUGAUGUGAAGAAAAACCCAUUCUUCAGGAAUAUCAAUUUCAAGCGAUUAGAAGCGGGCAUCAUGGAACCUCCAUUUGUACCUGAUCCACGAGCAGUCUACUGCAAAGAUGUGCUGGAUAUUGAACAGUUCUCCACUGUGAAAGGGGUGAACCUGGACCAGACAGAUGACGAUUUCUAUUCAAAGUUUUCUACUGGCUGUGUUUCUAUUCCCUGGCAGAAUGAGAUGAUAGAAACUGAAUGUUUUAAGGAACUGAAUGUAUUUGGUCCAAAUGGAAGUCUAUCUCAGGACCUUGAUAGGAGUUACCUGCCUGAACCACCCAAACGAAGUCUACUUCAAAGGCUCUUCCGGCGGCAGAAUCAUCAUAGUCAUUCAAACAGCACUACAGGUGUGAAGGCCCAUUCCAAUCAUCAUGUGAAUUAUCAUCAAGCUAACUCAAACUCUGGAGGAAACAGCUAGUCUCAGCUCAUCGCUCGUGUGGUGAAUCUUUGUAUUCUUCAGAUUUUGCCAUUUACUGGAACUAUUUAGCGGGAAAGCACCAGUUCCUGGUAGAGUAUCCAUUCCACACGACAGAGCUGCUCCAUUUUAUUUGCUCUAGCUGCCUCACUUCCUCUCAGGUCUGUCUUGGAGGUUGGGAUCAUGAUGUUCGAAACAAGAUGGUGUCUCCUUAGAAUAUUGCAAUAGCAAAUCAAUGAAAAUGGCUACUUGCACGUAUUUAAAAAUAAUAUAGCAUUUACUAGAACUGUAUUUUGUCUUUAUUAAAAAAGGAGGUUUUGUAAAUUUCUCUAUAACUGUCUUGGUUUACAUUUUGUAUAUUUGUAUUUAAAGCAAGUCAGAAUCAGGAUGUAAAUUUUCUGCCCAGCAGCUGUAAAGCAAUGUGCUGAUUCCACAAUGAACAUCUUACCUAUUUUUUAUGAAUUGUGAUUUAAGACUUCCUCAGCAUUUAACAGUGAAAGAGAACUUCUUAACUCUGCAAUAGAACAUUUUUCAUAUCUUUUGCCAUAUCUGCAGUCAUUUUAUAUUUUUGUAGUUUGUUAUAGCUUGGAAUUUUAUUAAAUAUCCCUCUUUCAUUUGUAUUGUUUUUUCAUUUUAUUUUUUAUUUAACAAGUGCAUCUUUCCUAUAAUUUAUAUGUAAGUGACAUUUUAAUCUGAGUGAAUGUAUCCUAGAUUUCUUUUAAAAGAACUUUUCUUAGCACAUAUAAUUAUUCUUUAUCAAGGACAAUAUGUUUUUGAAUGUGAAAAUGCUCAGUUGAGGGGGGAAGUCAUUUGGUCUACUUUUGCCAUGAUUAAAAGUACAUUUGGUUGAACCCUUACACCACUUAAACAUAUCACACACGUUGGGAUUAUUGAAAUAAACACCAUGUGUUGCUGGUUAGGUGUUGUGAUCUGAAUAAAACAUCUUUCAUAGAGUUAAAUGCAAAUAGGAAUGUAUAGCAGCUUGUGCACUGGUGUAUUAGCAUAAUGUGUCAUGUUGUUGAAGCACUUAGAUAAUUGGCUGUUACUUCCUAUUUGCUCUGCGUGUCUAAUCUCAGGCAUUUUGCAGAGGUGAAGCUGGAGUGGAAGCAAGGGUGUUCCCCUUGAGGGAAGAAGUGAGCCAAUCUUCUCAGUAGGCCCCAUGCACCUGCUGAUGACUGGCUGGAGAUUGCCCUAGGCAUGGGUAUGCGUUCAGGUAGCAAGGUUGGGCUGUUUGAUGAUGAUUUAAGGUGGAUGAGAAUUAAAGAGAGAAAAUAAAAGAAAACUCAAUUGGAAACCUUUCCCUCCCCACCCAUUACCAGCAGAGUUGUGUUGUGUGGAUAAACAUACUGAUCAAGGUGCAAAGCAGGCUGAAAUACAUUAGUCUUCUAAUAAUAUCCAGUUGUUACGUUCCUCAGGAUUCUGAGGAUCUCAUACAGCCUUAACAAAGCCCCAGGCUGUUUUAUUUUGCAUAAUGUACAUUUUGUAUACUUAAUCAAUCAAUCACGUUUUAUAGCUUACUUGGAAGUCUGGCAGCUACACACCAGCAAGAGGACCUAAUGACAAUUAAUCUAUUCCUCUUCAGAGAAAACUAUGUAUAUACAUGAUAAAAUAAGUAGUAUCACAUCUGAUCCUAAUAAUUAAUAAGUUUACUUCACUCCCAAUAUUUUGAUCAGUUUUUAUUUGUCCCAGUCUUAAAAUGUGUUACAGAUCAUAAUGAUUUCAAUGUUAGUCAUAUUUCAAAGAGUGAAGUGUAUUAACAAGAAUUUCUGUUGUCAUUUAUGAGGGGGUUGUGUAGUGUACAGUCAGCCAGGGAUAUUCAGAUGUGGUGUAAGGGUUAAAUCUACCAAUGUGAACAUAUAUUAAUAUUCAUAAACAUUUGCCUGGUGGGGAGAGAAAACUAUCAUUAAUGUACAGUCAAUUCCUGUUACUUGAAUAGUCAUUAAAUGUCAAAAUUGUAUUUAGUUAUCAGAGGUUGACAGAAAAACUUAGUAAGACUAUUCUCUUGGCCAAAUCCCAUGCACAUUUUAAUCACAAUGGAAUGUUUUCUGAAAUCUGAUUUGUUUUAUAUUCUUUGAAAUUUACUGUAAUUUAAAUAAGUAUCAAGCAAUGUUUCAUUACAAUUGAAUUGUAAAAUUAAGUAAUUGAAGUAUUCGUAUUCACUUAACAGGAAUUUACAACUUUCAUUAAUAAAAAUGAAAAUAGAAAAAAAUUCUGCUUUUUACUGACUUCACAAAGAUGUUUACUUGGCAGAUAUUCACUUAAUUGGAAUUGAAUAUUUACUAAUAAAUAC